CAACCACCAUCUUUUUUGUUGUUGUCCAAUUACCAUUUUCGGACCACACAGCUUCCAUCGAUAGCGUUGUGUCUUAGACAUUACAUCGGCUCAAAUUCCCGUUCACUACAUCAUGGGACGCCGCAACCCAUCGUGCCUCCGCGUUGCGACCGCUGGUCUUAACCACAUAGGUCCUGCGACGGAGUCACCGUUCACCUCGACGCAGUACCAGUUUAUGGCCUCGGAAGCCAGCGCGUAUGAGGAAAUGGCAUCCCCACAGUUCGACGCGCUCGCGUGGUCGAAGAAGACGGACAUCCAGCUCGAAAGGAUCCUCAACCCUCAGUCGGACGAGGAUUUGGCCUUUGACGCGUCUGGAUCUGAAAAGCAAGACCAGUCCAGCGAGACAUCUGAGAGCACCGAACGCUCUGAUUCCGAGUCGAGCACUCGCCAGGUCCCACCAAAGAGGAGAGCAACUCGCAGGCGGACAUACACCCAGGAGCACCAAUAGCUCUCUGAACAGCAACUUUGCAAACCAAACCAAACCAAACCAAACCACGUUGCCAGGGGGUCACUGCAGCCAUUGGUCCGAUGGAGGUCAGUCGGAGGCCCACAUUUUCUGCAGAUGCCCCGCACUCCUCAGCAGUAGUGGGUGUACGCCCACAUCAGCCGUGAAGCGGGGGUCCUCCACCCAGAGACAGGCGGACCAAAACCUUACAGCACCAGCCUUUCCAGCUGUGCUGUAAGCUUUUUUAUUCUUACAGCUGCAUUUGGGUACACCUAUUCCCGGGACCAGAGACCUGAGGGCGCAGACAGAUUGCAAAACGACCGCCCUCGUCUCUGCGACUGAAAUUGCCGCGAACACAUCAU